CAUGGCUAAAACGAGGAGCUGGCGUCUGACGUAUGCGGAAGAGGAAUCACGUAACGACGUACCAUUGCACAACGUUGAUUUCCAAUGGGUGGUACAGAUCGAACUCGACUUUGAAGAAAAGGUUAAACAACCACUUACAUCCAUUCACAGUUUACCUGGAGAUGCGGGUCUCGACCAACCAGCUCCAACAGCUCGCGAUCUUCACCACAGUGUUUACGGGUGGAUGCAUCGGCACUAUGUACUACCUGAUACAAAAGGAAUUUCAAAAUUCAGAAUACUACCAGCUUGCAUUGAAGAAGCUGGAGACAAACCCUGUUGCCAUGGAGAGCUUGGGAGCCCCGCCCCUCAAGGUCUACAACAUCCACCUGACUGACAGACACAACCAAGUGAACCACCAGAGUGCACAGAUCAAGAUCCCAGUAAAAGGAGGUGUAACAGGUGGCUAUCUCUACACAUCCUCCAUCAGGGACACGGAUACUAAAAGCUGGAACCUGCGGCUGGCUAUGCUCCACGUUAGAGAGGGUCAGCAGAUCAACCUCCUGGCCCAUCCUGAACCAGACUCAGACCCCCCUGGACACACGGACGGCUUCAACACCGAUCGCUAGUCAUGUGAUCAGUGUCUUAUUGGACCUUACUGACUCCAGUCUGCUUGUUUGACUGGAGGCAGGUGCCUCUGAUAGGGAGGGCUUCCUCUACGAUGUGUGAAUGCUGUUUGUGUGUGUGUGUGUGUCCCACAUUUAAAAUGGUCAAGUGCACACUUUGUGAAGACGGAAGACAGUGGCGUCAGGUCCUGGUGAACACCACCCGUGUUCUACCCUUGGAACGCCUGGAAUGUUGACGUACAGCGGUCACAGCUACCGAAAGAAACAUGAAAAAGCGUUUGUACGGGCGUCUGUAAAUAAUGGUUCAACUACCACCUAA